AUUGUUCGCCAUCGUAUACAUCGUGCAAAUAAUGUACGUAUUUAACCUCGAUAUACAAACGUUAUAUAUAAACAAGAAACAAAAAUUUUCUUUGUUGUAUUAAAAGCGAAUAACAUCAACACAGUCUGGAGAUACCUGUGUUAUUUACGCGCGCUUUAACGCACAUGCUAUCCCCUAUGGGAUGUGUACCAACUAGCUACAAUACUAUAUUCGAAUCUCGUUACAAAUCGAUACAUCGAAAGUCGACAUUUCCAACAAUACCGGUAUAAGACGUAUUUAUCGCAUUUGUCGUGCUUGUUGUCAGUGUAGAGACGUAUGUACGUGAUAAAUAUAAGUAUUUUUUCGUUUUUAAUAUUAUAAUUUUAAUAUUAGUACAUAAUUUUGUAACACGAUAUUGCUUCUAUUAAAUAUUCAGAGUUCAUAUCGCGACGUUAAAAAAUGUCUAAGAUAUUCACGCCAACGAACCAAAUAAGAUUGACAAAUGUUGCGAUUGUACGAAUGAAAAAAACUGGUAAAAGAUUCGAAAUAGCAUGUUAUAAAAACAAAGUCGUUUCAUGGAGAAACAAACUAGAAAAAGAUAUAGACGAAGUGCUUCAAACUCACACGGUUUUUACAAACGUAUCUAAAGGUCAAGUAGCCAAAAAGGAAGACCUUAUAAAAUCAUUUGGUACAGACGAUCAAACAGAAAUUUGCAAAGAAAUUCUUGCAAAAGGUGAACUCCAAGUUUCUGACAAAGAAAGACAUCUAGCUCUAGAUUCCAUGUUCAAAGAUAUUGCUACUACGGUUGCUGAUAAGUGUGUAAAUCCUGAAUCAAAAAGACCAUAUCCAGUAUCAAUGAUAGAAAAGGCUAUGAAAGAUGUACAUUUUUCGGUUAAACCAAAUAGAAAUGCAAAACAGCAAGCUUUGGAUGUUAUUCCACAACUUAAAGCUGUUAUGCCAUUAGAACGAGCACAGAUGAGACUAAAAGUUACAAUAUCUGGCAAAGAAGCAAGAAAGUUAAGAGAAAAAAUUAUUAAAUUGGCAACAAAAGUAGAAAGCGAAAAUUGGGACAAUGGAACAUUAGAUUUAAUCUGUCUAAUAGAUCCUGGCCAGUUCAGAGAAAUAGAUGAACUAGUAAGAUCUGAAACAAAACGAACUGGAUUAUUAGAAUUGCUGAAUUUAAAAGAAAUUGCAGAAGGAGAUGAAGUUUUAGAAUAAAUCAUAAAAAAAAGUAAAGAUACCUUUAAUUAUAUAAAAUGUAUCUUGUUUUAAGUUGUUAAAAAAAUAGUGCACAGAAAUGUUAUAUCUUGUACUGUACAAGUUUUGGUGCUAUAAGAUUUAAAAGAUAAACGUAUUAUUUAAUUUUGCACUAUUGUAAUGUAAACAUUCAUAAAACUUUUUAUGUAUUUAUUAGGUUACUCAGCUAAGAAAAUUAUUUACAAUUAAAUAUACAAAUAGUUUUUAUUAAUAA